AUGUACAUAAGCUUCCCAUCAGCUCCACCCAGCAGCGAUUAUUCCCCUUUGGCCUCUGUCGCAACCACGCUGUGCCUGAUCAUCGGUCAGGCCAAGAAGCAUUCUAGUUUGAUCCCCCUCUUUGUAUUUAUUGGAGCAGGAGGUACUGGCGCAGCGCUGUACACCUGCCCCUGGCAUUUGUUCAAUCCAGAUGUCAGCCGGGACAGAAAGAAUAACCCAGAACCCUGGAACCCACUGGGUCCCAAUGAUCAGUACAAGUUUUACUCAGGGAAUGUAGAUUACAGCAAAUGGAAGAAAGAAGGUCCAGACUUCUAA